AAUGAACACGUGUCGUGAAAAGAAAGUUAACACGUGUGCUAUUUCCGUGUGACCCAACGCAGAGUAAGACGGAAAGUGUUGUUGACCCAAAGUGAAAGAGGAAAUAGGAAAAGCGCUGAGAGAUGGCGAUGAAGACAGUUUGGCUGAUCAUUCUGGUGUGUUGUUUCUUCGUUGUUUCACAGGCAGAUCAAGCUUUUGAUGUUCGUCACCACUUAUCCACUGUCACCAGAUACUCUGUUUCAAAAGAUGUCACACAAAAUUUGAUUGAAGGGUCAAAUGUCCCUAGUGAGUGUACACCUAUCCACCUCAACCUUGUGGCUAGGCAUGGGACUCGUUCUCCUACUAAGAAAAGGUUGAGGGAACUGGAGAAUUUAGCUGGUAGGUUAAAGGAACUUGUAAGGAACUUGCCUUCAGAUAAAGUUCCUGGAUGGUUAGGGAAGUGGGUUUCUCCUUGGAAGGGGAAAGUGAAAGGCGGGGAGCUGAUCAGGCAAGGCGAGGAGGAGUUGUACCAGCUUGGAAUCAGGGUUAGGGAACGGUUCCCUACUUUGUUCGAAGAGGAUUAUCACCCUGAUGUCUAUACCAUAAGAGCUACGCAGAUUCCUCGGGCGUCUGCAAGUGCGGUGGCGUUUGGAAUGGGGUUGUUCAGUGAGAAAGGAGACUUGGGACCGGGGCGUAAUAGAGCGUUUGCUGUCACUAGUGAGAACCGUGCUAGUGAUACCAAGCUGAGGUUUUUUGAGUGUUGUCAAAACUACAAGAGCUAUAGAAAAGCUAAAGAGCCUGCUGUGGAUAAGCUCAAGGAACCUGUUCUGAAUAAGAUUACAGCUUCCGUUGUUAAGAGACAUGGUUUGAGUUUCACCAAACAGGACGUUUCUUCUCUCUGGUUUCUGUGCAAGCAGGAAGCUUCAUUGCUUAAUGUAACUAAUCAAAGCUGUGAACUUUUCACUCCAUCUGAGGUUGCUUUGCUGGAAUGGGCAGAUGACUUGGAAGUGUUUAUUCUCAAAGGUUAUGGAAAUUCAUUGAACUACAAAAUGGGAGUUCCAUUGCUCGAAGAUGUUUUGCAUUCCAUGGAAGAAGCUAUCAAGGCCCGUGAAGAAAAUCUCCCAGCUGGAAGUUACGAGAAAGCAAGACUUAGGUUUGCACAUGCCGAAACAAUAGUCCCCUUCUCUUGUCUUCUUGGACUUUUCCUUGAUGCAUCUGAGUUUGAGAAAAUACAGAAGGAGAAACCAUUGGAACUCCCUCCUCAGCCUCCUAAAACCAGGGACUUUAAAGGCAGCACCAUGGCUCCUUUCGGUGGGAACAACAUGCUUGUCCUCUACAGUUGUCCUGCAGCUUCCUCGCCUAAGUACUUCGUCCAGGUUCUGCACAACGAGCAUCCUAUUGCAGUUCCAGGUUGUGAUGGAAAAGACUUCUGUCCUCUUGAAGAUUUCAAGGCCAAAGUGGUGACCCCUCAUCUCAAGCAUGCUUUUAACAACCUUUGCAAUGCUAAUCUAGAUGACCCUAAACAGAACCAUCCAUCAGGUAAGUUAUCUUUUUGGAGCUGGCUGGUUGGGUCGAGCCAAAAAACCGAGCUCUAAUUACUUAAUAACUUUUGUUCUUAAACUCUGGCUGUGUCCAGUUUCAAAACCUGAAAUCAGAUUGAGCAUUGUUGUCUGUUUUUUGUUUGUUUGUCCUCUUGCCACAGUUUAAGCUAGUUCACUCCGCUAAUCUGAAAUGGUUCGAGAGGCAUCUCACUCAAGCUUGAUUUUGAUCCCUGA